AUGAACAUGUUUCCCUUUCCAGUUCAAGAGGACCAAGUGAGGCCUCUGUCCGAAGAGGACCAGCAGAUCCUCUUGGGGCUUACCCGACGCUACGGCGUCUCAAGUCUCGUGUGCGCUUUAAGCGGUCUGGGUGCUGGAUCCCGAGCCUCUACCUUCUCAGCAUCGACACUCCUCAGCAACACCAGCGCUCCCUCACUAGCAUGGAGCAGUUCUGAGGCCUCUCAUGCACGAUCCGAUGCGGCCUCGAUUCGAACCCAAUCAACAUGGCAGGAUAACGCAGGCGACGUUCCCUCGAUUCACGACGGUGAGANNUCAUGCGAUGUCACCUCUCACCCGUCGCCCCGGCAUGUCACACCAACCUCUAAGAAGUAUCAGUGCCCCAUGUGCUUCCUCGACAACAAUCCCGUUGGUUUCGGCAGGAAAAGUGAUUUCAAGAAGCAUCUGUACAAUUUCCAUGGUGCUGAUGUGACUUGGCUUUGCAAGACCAAAGGCUGCCAUCUCUCUUUCGCUACUGAGCGAGCUUACAGCACUCACGCCAAAGAGACUCACCGCAUGGACGCUCUCCCCAACAGCACUGCAAAGACAGAGUUGUGCCCUCAGGUUGUCUUUGGUUGUGGAUUCGCCAGCUGCAAGGACCGUGUCUUUGAGGCUUCAUCCAACGACCAGGCUUCUGCCAGCCGCGACAAGUACUUUGAGCACAUCGCUAAGCACUUUGAGGAUGGCUUUGAUGUGAACAACUGGGAGUACAAGGUCCAAGUGCACAAUCUCAUGCGUCAAUCCAAGGUCAAGUCUGUCUUCAAGACUUGCAUCUGGCCCAAGGAGAAGAGAAUGCAACUCACAUGGCGCCCUCGCUCCUCCGGUGAUCUCAAGCGUAUGCUUGAGGCCCGUCAUCUCGGUGAGGAUAUCUCAACACUUGUGCGUCUGGCUUUCAUCCUGGGCACAUCGCCUUUCACCAGCCCUACUACACCGCCACCAAGCGAGAUUGACUUGCAGUUCUCUCUGCCCUUCCGAUCUCAAUGCUUGAUGGACACUGUUGGCCAUGCCGAUGGUGCUCAAUCCACGACGGCCGAGACCAGUGAGACCAACACACCCAUGGUCACUGUGACGAAGCAGGCUCCUCAGACACCAGAGGCACCUUCAUUCCCUGCCCGACGCAUCAAGCAGGAGACUCGACCCACGACACCAAUGGAUGGUCUUCCUGAGCCUAUGGUUCACGAUGAUCUCACUGCUGGUCCUCAUCCUGGAACACCGUUCCCCAUUCCUAACGAGCAUGUCUGGCCAGUGGAUGCACCCAAGUUUGCUCCUGACCAGAUGAACACCUUUGCUGAUGCUUCCAUGACCUACAUUCUACCUGGUCAAGAGCUUCCUCAGCAACAAUGGGACAUGACUGGCAUGCAACAGCACUUCACUCAACAAGACACUGUCAUGACCAAUGUUUACAUGCCUCCUCAACAACCUGUAGCUCCUCGUCCUGCUACACCCAUUCCUUCAAAGCGGCCUGGAUCUUGGGGCAAGCGACUAAGCCUUGAGAACCUGCGUCCCAAGAAGAAGACAAGCGUGUAUGGAAGCCCUGCUUCUGAGCACGAGGCUGUCCCUCCUGUGCCAGCCAUGUAUGCCGACAUGAUUCCCACGUCUAUGCCAGCAGGCUACGAACUGCCAAUGCGAAUGGGCCACCCCCAACAAGGGUACACAUCCAACCCUGGCUUCAUGCCCCAGGCCCAGCAGCAACAGUUUGGCUCACCCACGACAUUUUACUUGGAUGACGGGGACAUGAGACUAUAA